UCCAGUGUUUGGGGGAUCAUUAAGUUCUACGUUUUAAUGAACUGAAUCAUUUCUAUACUAUUUAAUCUUUUACACUGAAAUGUUAAAAUUGGAAGCAGCAUGAGAAAUGAGAGCGAGAGCACACAUUUCUGGCUGCUUUCUAAUAUUGGAUUCAGGGCAGAUUAUUGUUAGAUGAGAGUUAUAAUCUGUGCAGACAGGUCAUUCCAUCUCUGAGUCUGUAGUGAAGUUUAGAAACUUUUAAGUGUGUUACUGUGCUUGUAUAUGGGUCAGGUUUUGGCUUCAUUGUGGGGAAUAAAUGUUGAUUAUUACGUAAAAUGUAAUAGUGCACUGAAGUUAUGGAGUAGGAAUAUCACGAGGAAACAUCGUGAGAAUUUAUCACUGAAAGUGCAUGCAUUAAUGUGCGUUUGUUUGCGUGUGUGGGUUUAGUUAUGGACGUGGAUGGAGGACCUGCAAAAGGAGCUGCUGGACGACGUUUGUUCGGACUCGGUUGAUUCGGUUCAGGAGCUGAUAAAGCAGUUUCAGCAGCAGCAGACGGCCACACUGGAGGCCACACUCAACGUCAUCAAAGAGGGAGAAGACCUCAUGCAACAGCUCAGAGACUCAGCGAUGAGCAGUAAUAAGAUGCCUCACACGAGCUCGAUCGCUCACAUCGAGGGCGUCCUACAGCAGCUCGAGGAGGCCCAGGGCCACAUGGAGGAACUUUUCCACGAGAGGAAGAUCAAACUUGACAUCUUCCUGCAACUGCGCAUCUUUGAGCAGUACACCAUUGAGGUAACAGCAGAGUUAGACGCGUGGAAUGAGGACCUGGUUCGACAGGUAAACGACUUCAGCGCAGAAGAACCCAGUCUGGCCGAACAGAGACUCCAGCGGCACGCAGAGAGAAAGCUGGCCAUGAACAACAUGACCUAUGAGGUUAUGCAGCAGGGUCAAGACCUGCACCAGUACAUCAUGGAGGUCCAAGCCUCAGGUGAGAGAUAAGAGAGAGAGAGGAAGAUGAAAAACUGACAGAGAUUAAACCGCUGGUGGUCACAAGCUGUUGUACUCUUGGUACCUCCAGUUUCUCGCCCACAGUCUGUUUAAUGGCUACCUGAUGCAUAUUGCACACACAAAAUUACCAGGGGCUGCAAAAAUCCUCCUAUGGACAAAGUUUAAAAAAAAAAAAAAAAACGCCAAUAU